AUGAAUCUAACUGAUAUUUUGAAGAUAGAUUUAAAAUAAAUCAAAAAGGACUAAAGGGAGUCUUGCAGUCUAUAAACAAGUGAUAAUAUAAAUCUUGAUUUGAAGCCAUCACCAGCAAAGAAUGUAUGGAUAGAAAGAGUUGAAGACAGAUAUUAUGUCAUGUAUAAUGUAGUACUUUAUUUUGAAGAUUUUAAUUAUGUGAGUGAUAUUCCUACAAAAGAGAUUAUGAUUUUUUGUUAAGGUUCACCCUAUAAAGAAUGUUACCAAGGUGAGAAAUUUGUUUGCAUAGAGAUAGGAUCAAACUUAGAAUUGACUUAUUUAGAUUAUUAUUAUGACAAUCACAAGAUUAAUGAUGCCAUAGCUCUUGAAUUCAAGUAAAGUUCAGGAUGGGGAGAGAGGACUGAUCUCUUAUUUACCCCUUUCUACUUAAAUAAGUCUGAAUAAGUUGUUUAGAUAAGCGAGAAAUACUACUAAGAAGAUUAUUUUUCAAUCUUUAAAGAUGAGUAAGAGAAGUUUGAUUAAAAUAGUGAUGCUAAAUAUGUAUAGGCAGUCUUCUAUAUUAAAAAGUCCUAAUAAGCAUUUGAAGUGAUAACCAUUAUUCCAAAGUAACUAGGAUAAGCUCUAGGACAAAUUGGAGGCUAUUUUUCAUUAUUUGGAGCUGUUCUUUUUUUGUUGAAGGUUUUACAUAUGUCAUAUAUGAAGAGAGAUUUAAGAAAAAUGAUUAAUGAGGAAAAUUUGAGAAAGAAAAGUAGUAUCAUGCUAUAAUAUGGCAAUGAUUAAUGCUUCUCAGUGCAUUAGGAAUCUAUUGAAAAUAUGUUUAGCUUCGAAAACUUUCAUAAAGUAAAUUAAAUUAAAUUUCAUAUCUCAUCAGGUUACAGUUGA